AUGGUAGAAAGCUAUACACAAUUUAAUGGUAGUAUAAUAGAAAAUUUUACUAUCAUACCAUGUAAAGUAUGUGGUGAUAAAAGUUCCGGAAAACAUUAUGGUGCAAUUUGUUGUGAUGGCUGUUCUUGUUUCUUUAAACGUAGUAUACGUAAAGGUACACCAUAUGUUUGUAUUACUGGAAGAGGAAAUUGUAUUGUUGAUAAGGCAAGACGUAAUUGGUGCCCAUAUUGUCGUUUACAACGUUGUUUCAUUGCUAAAAUGAAUAUUGCAGCUGUACAAAAAGAACGUGGUCCAAGACGAAUAAUUAUUCUAUUAAAUGUCUGGAAUGAAUUUUUUAUAUUAAGAGCAUCACAUUGGUCAUUAGAUAUUACUGAUGUAUUACAAUCAACUGGUUCUGUUUUAUUCGGUUGGUUUUUUGGAAUUAUUAAAUAA